UUUGAGGUUACAAAUAGUGUUUAUUUUAAAUUCUAGUGAAGACGUAUUUACAAACAUUCAGACCUUUAAUGUGAGGGAGGAAUGCCUGAGGGAUCGAACGUGGUGUGGACUUUGAAAAUGCAGAGAAAUUGUUGUUACUGUGAACAGUUUAACCUGUCUCAUUCCCCCGGGGGCCAAUAUGCAUACAGAGAGAUUAGUGGUUUAUUGAAAGUGUACAUUGCAUAAACCCUGAUUGUGUUGAGAUGGCUCGAGCAGCACCCUGGAGACAGACCUGUCCACAGACGAUCCGUUCCAUCCAGCAGCUCGCGGUCCUCAGUCCACUGUUCCUCCUGAGACAGAGCGGACCGGCGGCCUAUAUCGUGCAGGAGAGCGAUGCCAAGCCCGUGCAGGUACGGUUGGGAGACCCUCACUACUGCAGCUGCAAGGACCACCAGAAGAGCAGAGAUCUUUGCCUGCACAUCUGCUGGGUGCUGCUGAAGAAACUUCAGCUCAAACCGUUCAAUGCUCUUUCUUAUCAGUUGGGUUUGGUACCUCGCGAGAUGGCAGCCCUCCUGGAACCUCCCAGACAAGAGAGGAGAGUCUCCCGGAAGCCGUCCAAGGCUCAAGCGGAGAGUCAAUCCUCGGUACCCAGGAGACCGGUCCAGCCCGACGACAUCUGCCCGAUAUGUCUUCUCUCCUUCAGAGAUUCCAAACUACCAGUGGUCCACUGCCGCUUCAGCUGUGGUAACGCUGUCCAUACCCGCUGCAUGCUCCAGGUCGCCCGUCACCAGUUGGACUCCCAGGACGUGUCCUCCCAUCGCCUACUGACGUGUCCUCUCUGCAGGGGGCCGUUCUGUCGAGGGACAGAGUUAGCGGAGGCGGCCAAGAGAAGGGUGGCGCUCCCCGUGGCUCGAACCCGCGGCCUCAGUCCUGUGUCAUCUCAUGAUGUCACUUGUGUGUUCUGCAGGAUCCAUCCUGUGGUCGGCAACCUCUACCGCUGUCUUCAGUGUCCGCAGGUGUUAAUGUGUCCACAAUGUGUCAGUUGCCCUGAGUAUGCAGAGCUGCACUCCAACCACGGAUAUGCUGUCAAAAAGGACAAAUGGCAACCCGUCAGAGCAGCGAACUGGACACCCUCUCGGCCAGUCAAACCCAGAGUUCCGUCAAAACAGGUUGAGGAUGAGGUCGACACGCUAGUACUGAGGCCGUGUGCGUAUUGUGGCCUCGGUUUUCAGGUCUCGGACGUGUGGGCGGGGCAGUGGAAGGACUUCUUGCUCCAUAAGUCCUGCGUGGAGCAGUUGAGAGGAGACCAGCGCGCCUGCAAUCCUAGGAUGAGCGGAGGACUCCCCCUGAUAGACAUGACGACCCUGAUGGGACCCCCGGAGGUGAGGGUGGUGCGACUGAGCCUCACCACGAGACCCCAGGAGCCCCGGGCUCCGCCCCCAGAACUGCCCCGGGCCCCGCGACCUCCCCGCCAGCACGUGUCGCCCCUCAGGGUUCGCCCCCGGAGGACGAAGAAGAAGAAGAAGAGUCAGCAGAUACAGACCGAUGCGGACAUGGACUCUAAUAUGUCCAGAUUGCCGCUGUCUGUGACCCUGGGUCGAGCCCUGGGUGCCCAAGUCCAGCCUCUGAUGGCCAUCCUCAUGUCUCCGAGAGCGAGGACCUGCUCCCUGGAUUCUGAUGUCUCCGGUGAGGAAGAACAUUCUGACGAGGAUGAAAAAACCUCAUCCAAAGCGAAGGUCCCUCUUCUGUCCAUCACCUCACUGGAAUUGCCCGAGCUCGCGCCUGCGCGGAACCCUCAGUGUCAGCUAGUACGGCGCGUGCGCACUAGUGUCCGGCGCACCAGACAGCCUGCGCCGUGCGCCGUGGCCGCUGCGCAGAACAUCGCAUGCGCAGGUCACGGUUUGUCUGCGCGCAAGUGAUGCUACAAUGUCCGCCAGAGGCUGCUUCAACCACUGAGCUUAGCGAGGGUCCACUUAUUGUGAAUGGAGGAGGUGCCUUUCAUGUUAUCAAUGUAUACGACUCCGGAUAUUAACCCUAAAACUGUUCUAUGGCAGAGAACAGUCUGACUGCAUUAGUUCUUCGACCAUCAGGUUCUUAAUUAAAUUGUGAUGUAAGAUUUGUUGGAAUCGCAACGGAUAUUAGCUUUAUUAUGUUAUAGUGCUUUGAAAAUUGUAGCCAAGGCCAAAUUUGUAAUCGUUUAUUUGCUAUUAAAAAUGUGAGAACUAGUA